AUGGACAAUUCCAAAAACGAUCCAUCGCUAGAAGCAGCUUUGGCCACAAAUCCUGAAAUGGUCUCCAAGUUAACCACUGAUGGUACAAACAUAUGGAAGACUGGAACGCCAGAACGAACCAUAGGAUCAAUUUCAAGCCUCGUUAGAUCUACGAAGUCCAAGACGAAAUCUGCUACAAAGUUGGCCGACAAGCAACCAAAAUCAACCUCAUCAACAACACCCAGUAAAAGGGAUAAAACGAACGGAGCUGGAGCAAUUUCUCAAAACGUUGUCAGUGAUUCCGAACAAUUGGAUACCAAAGAGCAUGUCUUGGCACUCAAAUAUUCUCGUCUAUGGAGGAGUAACAUACGUCGUGUCAAGCAAACCAAGUUGAGUGAAUCUAGGUACACGACCAAGCUCAUAACGAAUUGUAUGCAGCUAUGGAAGCAUGCUUUGGUCGAGAAGAGGAUGUUAUGGAGAGCCGAAGUGCGUGCUCGUGUGCACUAUAAAAUUGCUAUCUGUGGUAAAGUAUGGAAGGCAUGGCGACUAUAUGUCUCUGAACGAAGUGGUAAAGCCGUGCGACGAAAAAUGAUUUCAGAACAUGUCGGUCGAGCAAGAACAAAACGAGCUUGGAAUGCUUGGAUGAUGUACAUGUCGCAGAAGAAAGAUAAGGUCGCUAGGCAGAAAGCAGCCAUUGCCUUUUGUCAUGAGUGUGUUUUAUCUCUAUACUACGGAUUAUGGCACGCUCUAUUGGUGGAACGCAAGUCAUGGCAAAAACUUGAACAGGACGCUGCGAGCUGGAAGUCUCAUCGCCUUGUAAAGUCAUCAUUCCGUAAUUGGAGACUACGAUUUGUGACCGCUCAGCUUCGUCAGACGAAAAUGGAGCAGGCCAGUCAUCACCACCAGAGACACCGCAAGAAUAUAGUACUGCAUUCAUGGUUGGCGUAUGUCUCAAAGUGCCAGGAGAAGAAGCGCCGCACAGAAAAGGCCGUAUUGUGGAUGACGGUUAAGCUGCGAAAACGAUUUUUUGCAAAGUGGAAGCUUUCGCAUAUGCAAAUACUGAUACGAGAAGAUGCUGAAAAGUAUGCCAUAUCUUGGGAUAAGAAGAGAACGCUUCGAACUGGAUGGCUGAUAUGGAAGACGCAUUUGAGUACUGUCAGGAAGAAUAAUGCUGCUACAGAGAAGGCGAUGGUGCACCAUCAUCUAGUUCUGAAGCGACAUGGUCUGAUGGCAUUUGUGAGCCUCCUGAGUGAUGGAAUGACUGCUGAUAAAAAGCUGGCAGCUGAUGUGACUUCUCAAACAAACCUGGAUCUCUUGGAUGAUAGCGCAUCAGCAGUCAUGUCAGCGCAGAGAAACACUGGAGCUGGAAAAGGGGCUCGCAUACUAUCAAACGUGGCUGAAAAGAUCGGCAUGGGCGAGUUGGAUGGAUUUCGUUGGCGAGUGCCGACAUGUAAAGAGACGACUGCAUUGGCUCAUCGUCGUAAGGUUGUGUUGAAGGCAGCCUUUUCAAGUAUCGUGGAAUACGCCCGUAAUCGUAAGAUAAAGCGGGGAAGAAUGGAUGUUGGUAUUACCGUUUCCACGAAGCGGCGUCUGAUAAAAAGUUGGGUACUGUGGAAGACACUUCUUCACGACAAACGUGAUGACGUCGUCAAGAUGAGAAAGGCCGAACGUCUGUUCACCUUUAUCAUCUUACGGAGAACCUUCUCAACACUGCGGCAGAAUGCAGUGAAUGUUACGGUUGAACGACAUUAUGAGGAAUUGGCGAAACUUCAUUAUAACCGCCGUCUUGCCUUGGUUGUUUUGAUUGCCUGGUGGAACUAUGCUGCUCAAUCAAGCGCAAAGAUGAUUCAGUGGCGAGUAGCUGUACGACAUCGUUACAAGAGCUUGCUUCGCCAUGCGCUGAGAACAUGGGCACAGGCUUAUACAAGCCGAUGCACGUCUGCGGCUCAGUGGUCGUUAGCCGUUACCCGACAUCUUCGAACCAUUUCCAAAAAGGCAUUACAAGCUUGGAUGCUGUAUUCAUCAUCACGGCGAUGGAUCCACAAUACUAUACAGUCAUGCGAGACUAGACGUUCCGAAAUAUUGUCCAUGCAAUUGUUUCGGCAUUGGAAGGCCAAAACGAUUAUUGCUCGAGAAGUUCGCCUUGAGGUUGAGAAAGCACAACAAGAAGGUGCUUUUGCUUUGAUACGGCAGGCCUUUUUCGGAUGGCGAUCGUACGUCGAAGGUCUGAAGCUCUAUCGCGAAGAGCAGGAUCGUCAAGUGCGAAGAGUUCAGGUUGCCGUGGAGAAAGCAAAACUCAAAAAUGCCCUCGCUGCAUGGCGACGAUACAGAAGAUACAAGCAGUUUUGUCAUGCCAUGAAUGCUAGAGCCAAAUCACACUUAACUCGUCACUUGCUAUCUAUAACCAUGACAUUCUGGAUUAAAAGGAAUCACCAUCGAAAAUGGCUGCAUCGUGCUCAAUCUCUGGCAGAUACCUUCCUUCAUCGCAACAUAUUGAGGCAAAGUGUAAUUAUGUGGAGAUCUCAUCGAACGAAUUGGAAUGAGAUUAAGAGUCACAUGUUUGUUAUGCCGGUUCUUCAUCGUGGGCAAAUGCUUUUGGGCAAGACAUUCUCAGCUUGGUCUGACUAUGUGGCUAGUAAGAAGGAUACGAGAGCCAGGAUCAAAGAAGCGGAAUGUUGGCGACGUGAAAUGGCAAUCAAGCAUGGAAUUUUGGCUCUAUUGACUGUAGCAGAUCCAAAUCGGUCUCGAGAACCUCUUAAAAGGGCAAACGCACCAUCUGGUAUCACUAUGCGUAAAUGGAGCAUAGUUGAGAAAUGUGCCCGGCACUGGCUUGAUGUUACAAUGAGAGCUCGAACACGAAGACGUCGCUCAUCAGCAAAUCAACGCUCAGCUCUCCAAACUGAAUCUCGUAAACCAAUUCCGUUGGUUUCAAGUCGCCAACGGCAGUCGGCUAGUCUGAAUGGAGAACUACCGCCGAGAAUAGCGCUACCCGAGAAUCCCUCACUUGCAUUGCCUAGAACUUUAGGCUCCAUCCUUCAUCAAAACACAUUCGAAACUCAUGCCACGAACGUAACUGAAACGACGAAACCUCGUCCUCUAGAACGCCGCCACAAUGAAAUAGGCCCCCCAGUGCCACCACUAGUGAAAUAUAGUCAACCACCGUCUCAACCUUUAAAUCGUCCAACAGCAACACUACAGCAAAGUGCCUCUAGGAAUAAACGUGCUUCACCACGUCGACCAGACUAUAUAUUAGAUCCCACGUCAGGUAGAUUUGUGGCAGCCGGUGAUAAAGGUCUCGAUUGGCAUACUUCCAAUAAGGAAAACGUAAUUCAGGAUACGUCAUGGUUGAAUGGUAGAAUUAGCUCAGCUUCGUUACCCAUCUUUGUAUCGAAUCUAGAACGAGUCGUAGAAGCUCAGUCGGUGGGAGGUAGUCCUGAUGUGUUUGCUGGGUGGCCACAAUCUGGAAAUGUGUCGAUAGAUGUAGGGUUGCCUUCGAUACCUGAACCGCCGAUACAGGAUCCAGAGUAUCAGGUCAAAUCUAUAUAUGUGGAGCCCGUACAUCCUGUCUCUAUUCCUAUCAUACCAAUACCGCCACGGCCAAAGGUUCUAGCUGCGGCAAGAACGAGGUGGCGUUCUGAUGACGACUCAAGGGAAGAAGCUUUGGAGAUCCUUCGACACAUCCAUGUCGAUCCUGACGAAUUGGAAAGAACUUUGUCAAAUCAUGAUAUUAAUGUUCGUCGGUCCGUAUACAAUCAAAGUAUUAAUAGCAAUGGCGGGUUGGAGAAGGCCGGUAGUGUUGAUACUAGAAGUGUAUUGGUUGAGGCCUUCAUUGCCAAGAAGGUCGAUUAA